AUGGCAGCAGCACCUCUCGGCUCCGCGCCCUCUGCAGGCGCGGGCGACGCGUCUGCUGGCGGACCGGCCGAUGUUGGCCCUGGCGCGGAGCUCCCUUACCUAGGCAGUCAAAUUUCCCUCAUUUCCAACACCGAAAUUCGCUACGAAGGUAUUCUGCACUCCAUCAACGCGGAGCAAGCGACUGUGACCCUCCGGAUGGUGCGGUCGCUUGGGACUGAGGGCAGGCGCCAUCCAGAGGAUAUUCCGCCGUCGCCUCAAGUCUACGAUUGCAUUGUGUUCAAAGGCUCGGACAUCAAGGAUUUGACGGUGUGCUCCGAGCCUGACCCGUCGCUGGUGAGCCACUUGAGCUCCUUCCCGCCGGAUCCUGCGAUUGUCUCGGUGUCUGGGCCUGCGAAUGCCGGCGGCUACGGCUCUGCGCCUCUCUCGUCCCCCGAGGCGAUGUACAUGGACCCCGCAGGCGGCGUGGGACGGGGUGCGGGUGCGCGACCCGCGGGGACAGUCCCCUCGCCGUCGCUCAUGGGUGCGACUCCCCACCAGGGUCUGUUGCCGGCGAACCCCGCGGCCUUCCACGGCGCGGGCGCCGGUCUGGAGCCCAGCGUCCCCGGGGCCUCUGCAGGCCCGCGGGGCGGCAGUGCCGGCGCCACGCCGUCGCCCGGCUUACUGGGAAGCGCCUCGUCUCCCCUGCUCGGUGGGGAGCACCAUCCGCCGCUCUUGGGCGCCGCGGGCGCGCCCUCGAGCGGGGGCUUCCCGGCGUACCCUGCCACGGGAGCCGCCGAGGGUCACAGGGACGCAGGCGCCGGGUACGUGCCGUCACCAGCCGGGCAGAACGGGCGGCGCGGCCCACAGAACAUGCACUUCGGGGCCUUGAACGGCGAGGGCACAGGCCUGAAGGGCGGCCGCGACGACGGCGCCUUCGCGGCUCAGCAGAACCCGGGCUACGGGCGCGGCGGGGCCGCAGGGCGCACGGGCCGCGGGGGCUUCCGGGGGCCGAAGGGCCAGCAGGGCGGAGGCCGAGGCUUCUACAGCAACGGCGGCGCGCGCGGCAGGAGCGGCUCGGGCUCCUACGGCGGAUUCUACGGCGGCGGCGGUCGGAAGAACGGCUACUACGGAAACAACUACGCGCCUGGAGCCGGACCCGCCGGCGGUGCCGAGGGGCAGGGACGCAGGGGCUACUACCAGCGUACCCCCAUCGGCGAACUCAAGAGUCACCCGAACGCACAGCUCAAGAGCGAGACCGCCGAGGACUUCGACUUCGAGACCAUGAACAAGCAGUUCGCCAAACCGACGUCGCUUCCGCCUGAGGAGAGGCAGCAAAUGGAGGCGGGCGAAGGGGCUGGCGAAAGUGCGGAAGAGUCCGGGAGCGCGGAGAAGAAGAAGCCGUACGACAAGAACGAGUCGUUCUUCGACUCCAUCUCUUGUGAAGCCCUAGACAAGCAGCAGGGCCGGGAGGAGCGGUUCGAUCGCCAGAAACAGCGCCAGCUCGACGUGAGCACCUUCGGCUCGCAGGCUGCGCACUACAGGCCCAUGCAGGGCUGGGGCGGCGUGGGCGUAGGACGACGCGGUGGCCGGCGGGGACGCGGCGGGAGAGGCCGCAGCGGGACACACAUGUCGGAGGGAAUGUAA